GGAACUGAUUGGGGUCAAGGACCUAAAGACUACGGACGACACUUAGUGGGAGUGUUGAGCCCGGCACUGGAGCCAGCACCAAGGGGAUGCGACAGGCAAUCCCCGUAUGGGCUGGAUAGUACCGGCAACAGUGAAAGCAAGACACUGAACAGGCUCGUCUUUCCAAAACACGUGCGGCAGUUCGGUGUAUGGAAGGACCUAAUCAUCGGUCACUUGCGUCAAAAGAGUACGGCACUAGCUCGUGAAGCGAUGCUAAAAGGUCAGGAAAAACCAGCGUUUAAGUACGAGGAAUUACUGGUAACCAGCUGCGAG